UUAGUAUGUACGUCAAAACCUGGAAGGAGAAAGUUGAAGUUCAUUCCACUGUCUCUUGCCUUGAGAACUGGUUGGUACGCUCAGCGUAAUUCCGUGUCUGACAUAAAUAACAACGAAAUAUACAUACAAGUGUUACGAACAAUCUGAAAUUGUUUAGUGGCAUAAUGUGAAAAAGUACAGUUUUAAUAAAAGAGAAUAUGGAUAAGCUGUUUUUCAUUAUGGUGCUGCCGUUACUUUCAAUGGGUGGAUAUAUACCAUCACGUCCACGUUAUGGUUGUCCUGAAGAUACUUUGCUUCUGCAUCCCUGUGAAUGUAUUUCUGAAAGUGAUGUAGGAAUUUCGAUAAAGUGUGAAAACACAAAUCUGGCCCAAGCAGGCGUUGCAUUAAAUAAUUUAGCUACAUUACGAGUACCUAUACAAAUGAUGUACAUACGUAAAUGUAGUAUAAGUCGAUUAUUUGGAAGUUUAUUUUAUAAUCUUCAAAUUAAUCUACUUCAAAUAGAGGAUACACCAAUUGAUGUAAUUGAUGACUACGCCUUUCUUGGGGUCAACAAUACUCUUAAUGAACUUCGACUUUUUAAUUUAUCCUUAAAAGUCUUUCCUACAAAUGCAUUUCAGGUUCUAGGUAAUCUAACCAAACUUCAAAUUUCGGGACAUUAUCUGAGUGAGCUUCCAAAAAAUGCUUUCGCUAGUUCGAUAAGCGAUAAACUUGUUCAUCUUGAAAUAACAGACGGCUCCUUAAAUUUUAUUCCAAUUGAGAGCUUACAACCACUGAAAAAGCUCAAAGUAUUAAACCUUCAUAACAAUGCCAUACAAGAAUUGAAGAAGAAUCAAUUUAAAGGUUUACGAGAAGUGGAGGUGCUGGAUUUAAGUUUCAACAAUAUUAGUAGGCUAGAUGUUAGCCACGUGAGUGAUUUAAUAAAGCUUGGAUGGUGCAACGUUUCUCAAAAUAAUUUAAAAGAAUUACCCCGUGGAACUUUUGCGAGAAACUCUGUUCUGAAACUGUUGAACAUUUCUCAUAACAAAAUUAAGAAACUCGACUCAAAUUCCUUCAGAGGACUUCGUUUUCUAAGAAGAUUAUACAUUUCAGACAAUGAAAUAAAUGAUAUUGGCAGAGAAACUUUUGGAACUAUAUCAAAAAUUGGAACAAUAGACUUAGCAAGGAAUCGUCUUAAUAAAAUUGACUAUCAAAUGUUUGACAAUUUGAAAUUUGUGGAAGUGAUAGAUGUGUCAGAGAAUCAAGUUUCUGAAAUAAAAAAAUUCGCAUUUAGGGAUCUGUAUUUAGCAGAAAUUAAUUUAUCAAAAAAUAAUAUAUCAAAAAUUCAAGAGUCGGCAUUUCAAAAUUGCGUUAACAUAACGGUACUUGAUUUAUCUAACAAUAAACUAAGUGAAAUUUCCCCUAAGAGUUUUGACGAAGUUAGUUACGCAACUGAAUUGCGGUUAUCUCAUAACCUAUUAUCACAAAUGAAUCAGAUUCCGCUUACCCACAUGCACGGUUUAAAAGUUCUAAACGUGUCCUAUAACCAAAUAACUACAAUACCAAAAGCAACUUUUCCUAAGUUGUACGAGUUACACACUAUUGAUUCUUCCCAUAAUAAUUUAACAGAAAUUUUCAAUGCAGUUUUUCAAACAUUAUUCUCACUGCGAACAUUAGAUUUAAGUUAUAAUCAACUCAAGAUAAUCAAACCUGGAACAUUUGGUACGAUGCCUACGCUUUUACAUUUGAAUCUUAAUUACAAUGAAUUGGAGGACAUCGCCAGGAGUGCUCUUACUCGCUUGAGUAGUACAAGGACUUUGCUAAUAAAAGGAAAUAAUCUGCAAAGUUUGUUUCAGCUACCUAUUUCUGUGUCUCAUCUUGAUGUGUCUCAUAAUAAAUUGAAAGGCUUACCUCUAAAAUCAUGGCCUUCAAUGAACUCUCUCUUGAGCUUGGAUUUAAGCUUUAAUAAAAUUGAAGACAACCUUGAAAAGGGGACUUUUGAAAGCUUGCUUACCUUAAUGGAGCUAAAUUUAAAUUUUAAUGGAAUCAGAAACGUUCCAUGGGCUGCUCUGUCCGAUCUCAGUUCCUUACAGCACAUUCAUUUAAAGGGAAACGAAUUGUCAUAUCUGACACGAAAAGCGUUUGGAAAUCUUCCUGUACUUUUGGAGCUGGACAUAUCUUUAAAUAGUAUAUCUAAUGUAAGUGAAGAAGCGUUUGAGGGAUUGCUACAGCUUCUAUAUCUUAACAUUUCCCACAAUACAAUAUCAUUAAUUUCUAACGAGGCUUUCAAAGGUCUCGUGUCACUGAAAACGUUGGACCUUUCUUUCAAUAAAUUGGAGAAAUUAGAUAACAAAAGUCAUGGUGUCUUGGAUUACUGUUUGUCUCUAGAAAGUCUUAAUAUCAGCAAUAACGAAUUCAGUUCUAUCAACAAAAAGACGUUUCCCAAUGAUCGUUACAUACCAUACAAAUUAAACGAAAUUGAUCUUUCUUUCAACUUUAUCCCAGUAUUAACAAACGAUUUGGCUAUCAGCGGUGGCCGGUUUAAAAAACUGAAUCUCUCUCACAAUUUAAUUUCAAAUAUAGGAAAAGGUGUAAUUGGAAAUCUUACUCAACUUGAAGUAAUUGAUUUAUCGUUUAAUAAGCUAGAGGACGAGUUGGAAGAAGAAUUUUUUAAUCUAUCGAGUGUAAUUUCUGAGGUAUAUUUGUCGUACAACCAACUAAAUGAUCUACCUUGGUGUGUUUUUAAGAAGAUCAAAAAGUUGUCAGUAUUGGAUAUUCGUUUUAACAACUUUUCUGAAUUCAGUACUGAUCUUCAGAAGUUAGUGGAAAAUGGAACUGCAGUAUACUUCGGAGGAAAUCCACUGAUUUGUAACUGCUUUGUGAGACCAAUUAAUAGAAUUUUAAAGAAACAGUUAACAGUUGCAUGGUAUUAUAAAGAAAUCGUUUGUCGUAAACCACACCAUUUAUAUGGUAGACCAUUGUUUGAAGUGGAGGACGAACGAUUAAUUUGUAGUGAUAUAGAAAAUGGAAUUAACAGCACACGUCAACAAAAAGACGUUACCAAUUUAGUACCGGAUAUAGAAUUUAGAGCCGCUGAAAGGAAAUCUGAUGAUUUAAUCUUAAGAUGGCGAAUUUUGAAAAAUGAAGACAUUGCAAAUUCACGCAUUAUUAUAAAGAAGAGGAACGAUCCGUUGAUGGUAGUAUAUGAGGAAGAAGUCCCGUAUUACCAACGGAAAAUAAUCGUGCCAAGCAAAUAUUUACAGUUUAAUGACGAAACAGAAAUAUGUAUACUAGCAAAGGAUAGCAGAGGACUCUUAAGAGGAUUUUAUGAACAGCAGUGCCAAUUUUAUUCUGAAAUAAUAAAAGGAGGUUCCUUCAAGAUAAAAUGUGAUGUAGCACUAGUUUUAUCUUUAAUUUAUAGUUUUACGUUUCUCACUUAGACAGGCUUAAUAAUUGAUGAUACUGUUUGCUACAAAAUUGGCACCUAAUUAGAAUUUGUUGCAUUUCAGAAGUAAGCUAAUAAAUUAAUUUAUAAAUGAA